AUGAGUUGCAAAUCCCAUGCCACCGCCGAAAGGUCGUUCAGGUGUCAUGUGUGCGGCAAAGUGUUCGGCCAAAAGGGCCAUCUGAUGAUUCACAUGAAUGUCCACGCGGUGGUCAGGCCCUUCGGAUGCGACACCUGCGGCAGGCGCUUCACUCAAAAGGGGAACCUCCUUCGGCACUCGGUCUUGCACAUCAACGAAAAGCCCUUCGGAUGCGGCAUCUGCAGGAAGUUCUUUGUGCAAAAGGCUCAUUUGGUGAAACACGUCGUGGUGCACAGGCAGAGGCUGGCUGCCCUUAAAAGGUGUCGGCGGAGGGAGGCGUCCGAGCGAGGGUCUUCCUCUGAGGCCAAGGAAACCUCCCUCAGGUGCAAGGUCUGCGGAUUACAGUUCAGGCGAAUUUUCAAAUUGAUGGAACACCUGAAGGUCCAACAUAUUCUCGGAAGGGAAAUAGUGCGCUAG